AUGUUCGCCACUUCCUUCAUCGUUCUCUCCGUUCUCAGCUACGCACUUGCCUUCCCGCAGCACUACCCGCGCCAGGACUUCAAUGACCAGGACCUGUUCGACUCCUGCCCUGGAGGCCCUGGCUCGAGCAAAUUCGAGAGCGCGGAUCGUUGCACCCUUGACAGCCCCAUUGCGAACCCUAGCGUCCGCAAGUUCGUUGUUGUCGGCGAUCCCCAGCUCAACUGUGGCGGUGGUUCGACACCCGUCACCCUCAUGGUCGGCGGCUCUACCGAGGUGUCCGAGACCACGACGGUGGACGCCAACAUCGGCAUCGAGGUCGGAGGGCUCAGUAUCGGGGGCGGCGUCUCCGACUCGAGCACGACAAGCAGCACGCUGUCGAAGAUGGUCAGCAUCACGAUCCCGCCGCAGCGCCAGGCGGUCUUCGUCGCCGGCCAGAACUUCAACUCCCAGAACGGCCGCGUGCAGGUGAACUUCGGCGACCGUCAGUUCGGCCACUUCAUCUGGUUCACCAGCACGAACAUUACGCGUCUCACGCCCAUCGAUGGCGACGUCGAGUUUGAUGUGCAUGAGUCUGACUGCGGCACUGACCCUAGGGACCUCUCUUCCUACAACGGCCAGUAA